AUGUACGGUAAUUUAUUUCUAUAUGAUUCAAAAUAUAAAUUAGUUGCAUUUGAAUCCGGUUCAUUAUCAUCAUCUCGAUGUUUAAUACUUAUUGGUGGUCUUACAGAUGGUCUUUUAUCACUUCCUUAUGUUGAAAAACUUUCAUCAAAACUUGAAUCUCUUUCAAAACCUUAUUCAUUAAUUCAACCAUUAUUUCGUUCAUCAAAUCUUCAAUAUGGUUGGCAUACAAUUAAUGAUGAUAUAGAAGAUUUAAAAUGUUUAAUUAAUUAUUUAAUUAAUAAUCGAAAUCAUUUAAAAUCAAUUAUACUUAUGGGACAUUCAACUGGUUGUCAAGAUAUAAUUCAUUAUCUUCGUCAAGAUAAAAAUCAUUCGAAAAUUAUUCAAGUUAUUCUUCAAGGACCUGUUAGUGAUAGAGAAUAUUUAUCUAAAAUUUCAUCAACAAAAGAUCAAUUAGAUUAUUGUUUUAAAAAUUCAAAAUAUAUAAAUGAAUGGUUACCAAGAUAUCUUCAUGAUCCACCAUUAACUAUUCAACGUUGUUUAUCAUUAAAUCAACAAAAUUCAAUAGAAGAUUUUUUUUCAAGUGAUUUAACAGAUGAACAAUUGAAAAAUAUUUAUGAUAAUAUUGAAACACCAAUAACAUGGAUUUGGUCGAAACAAGAUGAAUAUGUUCCAAAUGAUAUUAAAUAUCAUGUGGAAAAUUUUGUUAAAAAUAAAUUAGCAAAUAAAAAUAAUUCAACAUUUAUUUUACUUGAAAAAGCUGAUCAUGCUAUUAAUAAUCAACAAGAACAAAUUUAUAUGAUUGAACAUAUUGCUCAACUUAUUUUAUCUUCUAACAAAUAA